AUGGCGGCGCAGGCGCCGGAGGAGCCGCAGUACCACAGCGACGACCGCAUGAGCACCCAUAGCGACGACCCGCCUCGAUGCUUGCCGCUCCAGCAGCGCUGGAACGACUUCGCGGCGGGCCUGCCGCCGCCCCCGCCCAAGCCGACGGAGGAGCCGCGGUACCGCAGCGACGACCCGCGGCGCCACUCGACCUGGGGCACGCGGCCCGUGAGCCAGGAGGAGUUCGCGGAGAUCGCCGCGGCCGGCGGCCCGACCGUGGCGAUGUGGGACGCGUACUUCCUCCAACAAAAAAUCGACAACCCGGAGCGCUUCGGCGCGCCGCCGUCGAACGUCUACGACGACAUCGCCCGGGACGCGGCGGCGGCCGGCGACGACGGCUCCGCGCUCACGCCGGAGGACGCGCCGGCACCCGACAACUCGUCGCUCGACGACCUGAGCAGCCAGGACACCGCGGGCCGCGAAGCCCAGGCGAAGGAGAUGCAGGCGAAGCUCAACGCGCGCGCGGGCGGCGACAAGCCCCACGGCCUCUUCGGCAUGAUGAGCGACGCGCCCCGCGCGGCCGCCGACGACGACGACGAGGACGAGGAGUUCGACGGCGUCGUCGAGCGGUGGAUGGCGCGGAACGCGCCGGAGGCGCUGCGGUCGUGGGCCGAGGACGAGACGACGGCGACCGUCGACGCGCUCCACGCGGACUACGUCGCGAUGAUCGGCGAGCACUGGUCCAACGUCUGCGACGACGAGGACCUGCCGUUCGUCGUCCGCGAGGACAUGGACGUGUUAUCGCUGCGGGAGGUCGCCCUCAAGCACAUGAUCGCCGUCAAGGGCGUCGAGCUGUUCCUCGAGGUCUGCGAGGACUUCCUCAAGUUCAACGAGACCGACGAGGAGUACUUCGAGCGGCACAAGCGCGGCGGCGGGACGCCGAGCUGGCAGAAGCGCGAGCGGGGGUCGUCCCGGGGGUCGUCGCGGCCGAACUCGCGCGGGUCGGACCUCGGCGGCGGCGACGACGACCUCGGCGGCGGCGGCGACGACGACGAGUCCGACUUCGACAGCAACGAAUCCGCGCCGGAGUGGCGCCAUGGGGCAGCCAUCGUAGAGAUGGCCGCGUACUACCGCUGCAUCGGCACGCGCGGCGCGUCCAUGCGCGCGGGCGCGUCGCUGAGCUCGCCGCCCGCGGGCGUCGUCCUGCCCGGCGAGGUCGUGCGCGGCCUCGAGCUCGCGACCGUCGAGGGCAAGGCGCGCGUGCGCGUCGAGGCGGCCGCCGGCGCGGGCUGGGCGACGCUCGCGCUCUUCGUCCCGGACGGCCGCGCGUCGGACGGCGCGGCGCCGGCGGCGGAGGCCGACGACGUCGCCGCGCUGCUCAAACGCGACGUCGAGGCGCGGCUCCACUCUCAGGACCCGAAAGCGCGGCCGCGGCGCCGGGGCUACGGCGCCGCGAAGCCGACGGCGCUGCCCAUCGACCCUCGGCCGCUCCCGCGGAGUUUCGCGUGGGACGCCCACCCGCUCGUGUCCGUCGUCGCGCCGACGACGCCGUCGCGGCGCUGGGCGCACGCGUCGCUCUACGCGUGCUUCGACCGGCAGACGUGGCCCAACAAGGAGCUCGUCGUCCUCGAGACGGGCCGGCCGGGCGACCCGUCGCUCGGCUGGCCCCGCAUGGGCUCGAACGGCUGGGCGCCGGCGGCGAAAAAGGCGGCGGCGGCGAAGACGCGGCGGCCCGAGUCCGAGUUCUUCAAAGCGCUCGGCGACGGCCGCGUCGCCUACGUCCACGAGGACGCGGACCACCCCAUCGGCGUGAAGCGGAACCGCCUCGGCUCCCUCGCCAAGGGCCAGAUCAUCGUCCAGUUCGACGACGACGACGUCUACCUCGCGGACUACGUCGACCGCAUGGUCGGCGCGCUCCUCAACGGGUCGCCCGCGGCCGCGGCCGAGCCGCGCCUCGCGACGCUCGGCGCCUACUGCUGCUACGACGCCGCGCGCGGCGUCGUCUGCGAGGAGAACGUCGUCACAGAGGACGCGCGCGGCGACCACGUCGGCGACAAGCACAGCCGCUGGUGGGGCUACGGCUUCUCCUACGCGUACACGCGCGCGGUCCUGGACAAGUGCGCCCAGUUCCCGCCGACGGGCUUCGGCGAGGACUACGCGCUCGUCGUCGACGCCGCGGACGCGGGGGCCGCCUGCGCGGCGUUCGUCGACUCGACGGCGGACCCCGUCUGCCUCCACGUGCUCCACGGCCACUCGUCGUCGCGGACCUACGCGGGGCGCCGCGUCAUGGGCGCCGACGAGGUCGCGGCGCGCUACGGCCCGGAGAUCGUCGCGCUGACGGGCGAGGACCCGGGCGCCGUCGGCGCGGCGAUCCGCGAGCGGCGCGCCGCGCGCGACCGCGACCGGGAGCGGCGCCUCGCGCGGCGCCGCCGCGGCGCCUCCCGCCACUACGUCUUCGUGCACAUCCCGAAAGCCGCCGGCGCGUCCUUCAUGAAGGACAGCCCGAAGUUCAUGAUGGCCGGCGACACGCUCCGCGGCAGCCAGGAGACGGCCGCGCGCAGCCCCGUGACCUUUGCGCGCUUGAAGGCGAAACAGCCGUCUUCCCGCGUCGUCUUCCUGCGGCACCCGCUGCAGCUCGUCUACUCCCAGUUCCUCUACUGCAAGUACGUGUUGAAGCGGAAGAUGCCGGGCUUCCCGCGGGGCCGCGGCGACGAGGGCGAGGCCGGCGGGCUGGACGCGUGGGCCGACCACGUGUCCGGCGGCCGCGACGCGUACAAGUGCUACCACCCGCGCGACGUCCAGUUCCGCUUCGUCGUCGGCGCGGGCGACGCGCGGGCGCCCGAGGGCGUCCCCGCGAACGUCGGCGCGGCCGCGGCGCGCCGGGCCCUCGACGCGGACUUCUCCAUGGUCGGCGUCGUCGAGGCGUACCGCGAGAGCCUCUGCCUCUUCCGCUGGCUCGGCGAUCGACGGACGCCGCCGGCCUACUGCGGCUGCGGCGCGACGGCCGCCUUCCCCAAGGUCGAGCACGCGCACCGGAUGAAGUACAACUCGUCGGUCCUCGCGGUCGCGCCGGUGUCGCGCGCGGCGCUCGCGGGGCUCGUCGCGGCCCAGGACGUCCUCCUCUACGUCCACGGCCUGAGCGUCUUCGAGAGGCGCGUCGAGGAGGCGCGCAAUGCGACGGGCGUGCAGCUCGUCUGCCCGGAGACGCUCCGGGGGCUCUGGGCCCGGGCCCUCGACCUGGCGUGCGCGCUCCGGCCCUACCCCGGCGACCUCCUGCGAGACGCCUACGACCGCUCCUGCUACGAGUACUUCGACGUCGCCGACCGGGCCUGGCGCCAGCACGACCAACCCCGGAGCGCGAUGAUGCGCUGGUCGUGGGCGGCGCUGCCGCUCGCGUCGGCGACGACGCUGGCGUCGUGGUGCCGCGUGCUGCGGUCGUCGACGGUGCGCCAGCCCUGCUGGGGCGCCGGCGAGCUGCGGCGGCGGUCGCGCGUCUCCAAGGCGCGCACGCUCGGCGAGAAGCUCGCCUGGGGCGCGUCGGCGGCCGACGGGCGGCCCAUCUCGCCGUCGGAGGGCGGCCAGGACCUCUGGCUCUGGGACCACCACCUGCGCUGGCUCCGGCGGCCCAUCGCGUACGCGGACUUUGGGAGCAACGACUGGCUCCACACGUCCAACACCUACUUCCUCGACGCCUGCGUCGAGUCCGCGGGCGUCUGCGUCGAGGCGAGCGCCCACUACGCCGGCGGCUACGCGACCUACGGCCGCAACUGCACCCUCGUGACCGCGUGCUUGAGCGACGCGGAACGGACCGUCGAGUGGGCCGAAUUCGGCGGCGAACGCGGCGGCUCGACGCGGAGCGGCGUCCUCGCGGACAACAAGAGCUGGCGCAACUUCAAGAACAAGUCGCGCGUGGCCCGGCUGACGAAGCGCUGCACGACGGGCGCGGCCGCGCUCGGCGGCCGCCGCCUCGACUGGCUCAACGUCGACGCGGAAGGCCACGAGCUCGCGAUCCUCAAGGGCACGCUGCCCAACGUCACGGUCGACGUCGUCAGCGUCGAGGCCAACGACAAGGCCGUCGGCGCCUACCUCCGGGCGCGGGGCUACGCGCUCGCGAAGCGCUUCCGCGUCGCGCGGGGCCACUUCGACGACGUCUACACGCGGCCCGGCUUCGCGCUCCUGGCGCCGGCGGCCUGGCGCGACGAGCGCUGCGCGGCGCCCGGCGAGGACACGGCUCUAUCGCCGGCCGCGCCGCCGCGCUGCGGCGUCGCCCGGCUCCUGCGCUGCUCGCUGAAGAACCCCGCGGGCUUCGGCUUCCGAAUCGCCGUGCUCAACGGGUGCCUCCGCGCGGCCACGCUGCUCAACGCGACGCUCCUCUUCGACCGCCACACGUUCUACCGCACGCGGGCGGGCUACGGCAUCGACGAGCGCACGAGCGACGGCCUGCUCUGGCUCGACGCUGUGCUCGACGGCGCGCUGCCGAACGGCACGGCGCUCGAGCGCCUCCGGGCCGCGGGCUGCCUCGAGCCCGACGGUUUUGAAAUGGCGCUGCCGGGCCCCGCGCGGCGCGGCGGCGUCGAGGCCUGGUGGGCGGCCCACGGCGCGGCCAUCGCGCGGGAUUUGAGAGAUUCGCCCGCGGCCGUGGUCUCGGUCCGCGCCGCGAACUCGAAUCGGCGCGAGGGCGACGCGCCCUUCGCGUCCCACGACUUCUCGGCGACGGCGGCCUUCUUCCGGGCGGCGCUCCUGCGCGCCGCGGCGGUGCGGCCCGCGCCCGCGCACGCGCUGGGCCGCUUCCGCGGCGGCUUCGCGAACGUCGCGGUCCACGUGCGCAACGGCGACCGCUUGCCCCAGGGCAGGAAAAGAGCGAUUCAAGUUCGCUUCGACUUGAGCCUCCCCGGGCGCGCGUACGCGAAGCACGCGCGGCUGAACCUCGACGACGCCUACUACGCGCGCGCCCUGGAGCUCCUGCGCAACGCGUCGGCGACGCCGCUCCACGUCGUGCUCUUCGGCGCGUCCGUGACGCAGCCGGACGAGCGGGGGCACGACUUCCUGCGGGACGCGGCGGGCGCGGCGUCGACGCUGCCGGCCUACGCGGCGAGCCGCUUCCCGUCGAGCGCCGUCGUCAUCGACAACGACGCCUUCAACGACCUCGCCCACUUCGCCUUCGCCGACGUCUUCGUGGCCGCGCGGAGCCAGUUCUCCUACGCGGCGCUCGCGCUCUCGCGCGGCGUCGCGCUCCGGCCGGCGGACUUCCGGGGCCGGUCGCCGGGGCUGCCCGCGCGAGUCGUCGUGACGAUGCUGCGGCGCACCCGGCGCGCGUGGCUCGUCGCGGCGGUCGCCGCCGCCGCGGACCGGUCGCCGACGGCGACGGAGUUCGUGCGCUGCAAGUCGCGCGCCGGCGUCUACGGCGCCGCGUGGCUGUCCCGAGCGUCGACGCUCGCGGCCAUCCCCGAUUUCGUGGACAAGGAGGCGCUCGAGUACGCGACGUUCCACCUGCACCAGUACGCGAGCGUCUCGUUGAAGACGGUCAAGGACGUGUUCUGGACGAACCACGUGAGCGGCUACGAGCACAACCUGUGGCCGCGCUACGGCGACGCCGUCGCCAAGGAGCGCGUGACCGUCAUGCUCAAGCACCUCCAGAAGGGCCUCUGCGGCCCGCGGCGCGACGCCUUCCACGCGUCGGCGCGGGGCGGCGCCACGCUCGUCGCCGUGCCCUUCUACGGCGGCCGCGCGCGCGACGGCAACCGGUCCGCGUCCGCGGCGGACAGGGCGGCGAUGGCGAACACGGGCACGGCGCACUCGCGCGCGGACCGGGGCGUCAAGCUGCGCAGUCUCCACGCCGUGCUCUGCAGCGGGCUGCGCGUGGCGCGGUCCGCGCUCGUCGGCGUCUGCACGCGGCGCGACUACGACGACGUCGCCCAGGCCGUGCUCGCGCGGCUGCCGCGCGACCGCGCGGCCGUCGAGCUGCUCGACUGCGGCGCCGCGCCGGGCCACCUGCCCUUCCAGCUGCUCCGCCGCGUCCAGGCGGCGCUCCGGGGGGCGACGGGCUCCUGGAUCGACGGCCGGAAGCCCGUGGACUACGUCCUCUACGACGAGGCGGACCAGACGCUCCACUUCGAGAGCGGGCGUGACCUCUCCCACGUCUUCGCCGUCCUCGACGCCGUCGGGCGGAGCUUCGUCGUGCCCCAGCGCUACGAGAAGCGGUGGGGCGCGGACCCGGCGCUCGUCGACCAGAAGAACCUGUCCCGGUCCAUGAACAAGUGCCCCACGAACAAGUUCCCGCCGAUCUUCCAGGACGCGACGUAA